AUGGCGUGCAUCAUCGGUAUGUCGGCCACAACCCUGUGUCCCACCAAUGAUUACGUGCCGAAAGGUAUAGCCGUAAUAAAGUCGAAUACAGUGAACGGUUUGGUGCGGUUCGAGCAGUCGGCUGAUGGCACCCGAGUGGUCGUCAACAUCAACGUGACGGGUCUCGUGCCGGCCGGGGAUCACGGCUUUCACGUCCACCAGAACGGCGACCUCAGCGACGGCUGCAUGAGUGCCGGCGCCCACUUCAACCCAUACAACCAAACGCACGGCGCGCCUAACGAUACGGUGCGACAUGUGGGCGAUUUGGGUAAUAUUAUAGCCGAUAGUGAGGGCAAAGUGGUCCGCGAGUACAACGACACCCAAAUCAAGCUGUCGGGUCCCAACUCUAUCAUCGGACGGGCGGUUGUUUUUCACGCACUCGUCGACGACUUGGGCAAAGGACAGGGAGAGCGGGAACAGGAGAGCAAGAAGACCGGUAACGCCGGCGCACGGGUGGCCUGCGCUGUCAUCGGCAUCGCCAAGGAGUAG